AUGCCAGUCAAUUUUCAAACUAUGUGCUGGAAAAUCCUAUUGCUUAUAACAGCAAAAAUAGGACUAUCAGCAGGAAACCUACCAAAUAAUAUUUUUUUAGGGUUCUUCAGAGACUAUACGUUUAAAUUUCUCUUUUGUGUCACGUAUGUAUUUAUGUCUAUUUUGUUUUGUCUAUUAAAAAAAACAUCAACUGAUAAUUAUAAGGAUGCUACUAGCUAUCUUAGUUCCUAUAAAGACGAAACUAACGACGUUUCAUCUAAUGUAAAUAAGAGUAGGCUUUCACAUUACUUAGCUGGUUUAAUUGAAGCUGAUGGUACUAUAAUAACACCUAAGAGCGAAAGAUCGCCCAAAGGCAGACUAUAUUAUCCUUCUAUCCAAAUUGUGUUUGAUUCACAUGAUAUGUCUUUAGGUUUAAUGAUUCAAAACACAUCAGGCCACGGUUCUCUUUCAAAAAAAAAAGGAGCUAAUGCUUAUGUUUUAACAUUUAACAACAAAGAAAGCAUUGUGUUAAUUGUGUCUUUAAUAAAUGGGUGUAUGAGAACACCUAAAAUUAAAGCAUUACAUGACUUAAUUGACUGAAUGAAAGUAUCAGAAUACUCUGAUACAAUUAUACCUAAGUUACCCUUAAAUUGUGAACCUUUGGGUUCUAAUCCAUGGUUUGCGGGAUUUAUAGAUGGGGAUGGCCAUUUUUCGGUAAGAGCUAGUAGCUCAAAAACUAAACGAGUUAAUCCCGUAGUUGAGUGUAGACUUGAAUUGGUACAAAGACAAAUAUACCACAAUGGUUUAAGUAAUUAUGAAUUUAUGCAUGAUAUAGCUAAGUUCUUAAAUAGUAAACUAGGUGUAGUAAGAAGUGAUUCAGCUCAUCAUCAAUACAGGGUAAGAACUAUCAAUUUAGCUAGUAAUAUGAUAUUAUCAAGCUAUUUUACUAAAUACCCUUUAUUUAGUAGUAAGCAUCUGAACUACUUAGACUUUCUAAAAGUCUUAGAGCUUCAAAAAGCAAAUAGACUUAAUCCAGGAGAUGUCAAAUAUUUAAACAAAGUAAGAGAAAUAAAAGAAGGAAUGAAUAACAAAAGAACUCUUUUCUUUUGAGAUCAUUUACGUGAUUUUUACAAAUUAGAGAAAUAA